UGUUGAUGAACACUGGGUAGGGAGAACAAUAUAGAGGGAGAUGGGGAGAUGAUUGGUGGAAUUCCGAGGGCGCUGGAGGUUGUGGACCUUUGGCCUCCACUCACGGCCGGCGUAUGAAGUAGACUCGACGGUGCGGUCAAGCGACGGAUGAGUUCUGACGUAUAUUAAUGUAAAUCUGCUCACUACAGUGAUAUAUCUCGCGAGUCGUUCCCUCCAGCAUCAAACUUCUAUCUUUCCCGUAUCUGCGCUAUCUCGUCUCCUCUACGAAGUCCAGACAUCCGUUCCUUUACAUUCGUUCUACUGGCUGUGCCAUUCAUUCCAUCCAUCCCUCGCCCACCAUGAAGUUUUCUCUCCCCGUCGCCGUCGCCCUGUGGGCCGCCGUCGCCUCCGCGCUCCCCGAGCCGGUCGAGCUGAUCGAAGGGCCGACCAAGACCCAGAAGGAAGCAUCCCUGGUGGCGCGGCAGGCGAAGGUCCCGCCGUCGUCGGGCGUGGAGAAUUCGAAGACGGCGAUCACGGUGAAGGCCGGGGCAUCGUUUGACGGGAAGAACAAGCGGUACGAGCGAAACCCCAAGGUCUGCCAGGGCCAGAAGGAGACGGGAGAAAAGGACGCGAUGUUCAUCAUUGAGGACGGCGGAUCGUUGUCCAAUGUCAUCAUCGGAGCGUCGCAGGCCGAAGGGGUGCAUUGCCGCGGAACCUGCACCAUUACGAACGUCUGGUGGACUAAGGUCUGCGAAGACGCCGCGACCUUCAACCAAAAGAGCGGCACGUCCAAGGUCAUCGGGGGUGGAGCCAUCGGCGCCAGUGACAAGGUGUUGCAGUUCAACGGCAAGGGCACCGUGGAGAUCACCGACUUCUAUGUGCAGGAUUACGGGAAGUUGAUUCGGAGCUGCGGUGACUGCGAGGGGAACGGUGGUCCGAGGAACGUGGUGAUCACCGGGGUGACGGCAAUUGGAAAGGGGCCGCUGUGUGGCAUCAACCAGAACUACGGAGAUACUUGCACCAUCAAGGACAGCUGCCAGAGUCAAUCGAAGGGCUGUGAUAUUUACCAGGGCGUGACCAACCAUAAGGGAGAGAGCAAGAAGUUGAAGAGCAAUGCGAAUGAUGGAAAGACGUGCAAGGUCAGCGGGUUCAAGAAGUGUUAAAUGGUGCACAAAACCAUUUGACGCCAUGUAUAUAACGUACUCCUCUUGUUCAGCAUUUUCACACCCAGAGACUAGUGUAUAAAUGCUGGCUGCAUUGCAGCUGGUAAAAUCAAGGGGUUGACUCAAAAUUGGAUUGUAAGAACAAUUCCUGUACUUCGUAGGUGACAAGGCACCCUAGGAUUGCGACUCUACUAGAUUAUCAGACAUAACUUCCACUGAAAUGGCACCGAUUAAGGCAGACCGGAUGAAUAUAGAUGAUAUAGUUGGAUCUUGGUCGAUG